AUGUCAAAAUCAAGUAAAUAUGUAUCAAAUUUAAUUAAACAUUUUAAAAAUGAAAGUGAUUCAAAAAAAGCAAUUGCAAUGAAAAAAUAUAUGCGUGAUCAAUUCCCAUUCUUAGGAUUACAAUCACCUGAUAGAAAAGAAUUAAUGAAAUCAUUUAUUGAAAAGAAUGGUAGAGAUUAUACUGAUGAUGAUUUAUUAACAAUUUAUAAUCAACCAGAGAGAGAAUUUAAAUAUGUUGCAAUUGAAUUAGCAGCAUGGCAACAAACUUGUAAAAAAAUAAAAUUACCAGAAUCAAGAAUUGAACUUUAUGAAAAAUUUGCACAAACUGAACCAUUUUGGGAUACAAUUGAUAUAAUUUCAUCUAAAUUAAUUGGUGGACAUUUUAAAGAAUAUCCGGAUCAAAUAAAAGAAUAUACAGAUAAAUGGAUUGAAAGUGAUAGUUUUUGGGAUCGUAGAAUUUGUUUAUUAUUUCAAUUAACUUUUAAAAAGGAUCAAAUUAAUAUUGAUUUACUAUUUAAUUUUAUUAAUAAAUUAUUGGUAAAUGAUAAUUUUAAUAAAGAAUUCUUUAUUAGAAAAGCAAUUGGUUGGAGUUUAAGACAAUUAAGUAAAACUCAUCAUAAUAAAGUUUUUGAAUUUAUUGAAUUAAAUCGUAAUAAUUUAUCAAUUCUUUCAAUUAGAGAAGGUAGUAAAUAUUUAAAAAAAACAUUAAUUUAA